AAUGAAGAGAGUCCUCGUUCUGCUAUGCUUCCGACUGCCUCUUCUGAUCGAUCUGCCCUAGUUUCUGCCCCCUCUCGAGAUGGGGAUCGUGGUUCUCAUCCUCCUUCUGAGAAGGAUACUCUCUUCUGUGAUUUUUGUCGUCGCCCUUGCCACACCCGUGAGACUUGUUGGAAGUUGCAUGGGCAACCAUCUGGAGGUCGUGGAGACCAUUUUGGUUCUCGAGGGGGUCGCUCUAGACAGUCUCGAGGCCAUGGGCCCAAUACCCGAGCCCAUCAUUCUGAUAUAGUUAAGCCACAGUCCACAGCUCCAGUUGAUUCAUCUGCUGAUAUCUCGGGAUUUUCUACUUCUGAGUUGGAGGUUGCUCUUCGCCACUUGCUAGACCGUCGGGCCUCUAGUUCAUCUUCAGGUAAUAUUGCCCAGUCAGGACCUUAUCACGAGGAAGAUGAUUGGCAGUGGUAGACACGAGAAUGGUCUCUAUAUCUUGGAUCAAGCAGACAAGCUGGCUCACUCAUCCAUUCAGUUUCCAUCUACCAAGGAAGACAUCUGGCUGUGGCACCGCCGUCUUGGGCAUCUAUCUUUUUUGUUACUUAAGCAUCUUUUUCCCUCUAUUUUUUUGAAAAAUAACGUUUUUGAGUUUCAUUGUGAGUCGUGUCAACUUGGC